GCCACGGAAGGCGGUACUCAAUAUCGCGUACGGCUCGCCAAUGGGUAUAAAUAUUUUUUGAAAAAUUCGUAGGUUCUUCAAAAAUCAUUAACAAAGCGCAAUGCUUCGUCUGUGAAAAAUACGAAAGACGAAAUUUUAAACAAGGCUCUAAAAACAACUUUCGAGUGUGGUGCUUGCUUUAGUUAUCAUAAAAUCCCUCAAGUGAAGCUACUAGUGUAAUCGUACUUUAACUUAAUUUUUAAGAAUUUUUAAAAUAUACAAACAAAGUGCAGUUAGUGCUAGUAUAUGUACCUUAAAUAGAUCUUCAACAACGUUAAAAUAUUGUAAUAAACAAAUGACGGAAAACAACUGAAAAAUCGAAAUAUUUAUAACCAAGUAAAAUCUGCAAUUCAAUUAUUGUGUAAAACAUAAUAAAAUCAAAGUGAAGUGACCCAACAAUGACCAAGUACAAUAGUGGCAGUAGUGAAAUGCCAGCGGCUCACUCCAUCAAGCAGGAGUACAACAAUGUCUAUGGUCAGCAACCACAUUCUGGAUAUGGAUUCAGUGCCUAUGGCCAGCAGAAUCAGAUAUCCCAGCCCGGCCACAAUCCACACCAGACCCUGCAGCAUUUCUUCAGCCGCUUCAAUGCCGUCGGGGAUGCGACUGCGGGAGCUGGUGGAGCCACUUCCAUCUCAGCCAACGGAUCGGGUUCAUCCUGCAACUACAGUCAUGCGAAUCAUCAUCCGGCGGAGCUGGACAAGCCAUUGGGCAUGAAUAUGACACCAUCGCCCAUCUACACCACCGACUACGAUGACGAGAACAGCAGUCUCAGCUCCGAGGAGCACGUCCUGGCGCCGCUCGUCUGCUCCUCCGCCCAAUCCUCCAGGCCGUGUCUCACGUGGGCGUGCAAGGCGUGCAAAAAGAAGAGCGUCACCGUCGACCGUCGGAAAGCGGCCACCAUGAGGGAGCGCCGGCGACUGCGGAAGGUUAACGAGGCCUUUGAGAUCCUCAAGCGACGCACAUCAUCCAAUCCCAACCAGCGCCUGCCGAAGGUCGAGAUAUUGCGCAAUGCCAUCGAGUAUAUCGAGAGCCUGGAGGAUCUGCUACAGGAAUCCAAUCCCACACGCGAUGGCGACAACCUGGCGCCCAGUUUGAGCGGCAAAAGCUGCCAGUCCGAUUAUCUGAGCUCUUAUGCUGGCGCUUAUCUAGAAGAUAAACUCAGUUUCUACAACAAACACAUGGAGAAAUAUGGUCAGUUUACAGACUUUGAAGGCAAUGCCAAUGGCUCCAGUUUGGACUGUCUAAAUCUGAUUGUUCAGAGCAUCAAUAAGAGCACCACGAGUCCCAUUCAACACAAGGCCACGCCCUCCGCUGCAGAUUCCCAGUCGCCGCCCACAUCCGGAGCAAGUGCACCCACUGCGCUGCACGUGAACUUCAAACGGAAAUGCAGCACUUAGCAUUAAGUAUCAAGACCUAAGGCAAUU